GUGGAAGAGGGUAGCGAGGGGAAGGCAGCGACAGUCAGAGGAAAGAGAGCUACUGCACAUUUCUGCCUCUUCCCAUUAGCGAAGCUCUCUCUCAACUCUGAAGCGUCAAAGGCCAGAAGACUAGCAAACAUGCCAACCCUUGCCAAGCUCUAUACGAUGCUAGAGGCUUCCCAGCACAACACCAAAGAUGAUUGCUGGGUCGUUAUUGACGGCAAGGUAUAUGAUGUGACCUCAUAUUUGGAUGACCAUCCUGGAGGUGAUGAAGUAGUCCUUCUUGCAACUGGGAAAGAUGCAACAGAUGAAUUUGAGGACGCUGGCCACAGCCAAAGUGCCAGAGAACUUAUGGAGAAGUUUUGUAUUGGUGAGCUUGACACUUCACCUCCUGUUUCCUCCAAAAAUCAAGCCGCAGUUUAUUCAGAGAAAUUCUUGCAUUUGACAAAGCAAUAUUGGGCUGUUCCUGUGGCCGUAGUUGGCAUCUCAGUGGUAGUUGGUUUUUUGUACUUGCGUAAGAAGUAAUAGUUCACUUAAUUUUUUCCCUUUAUUGGAACUGAAAAUGAAUAAUUGCGACAGAUAUUUCAUUGUUUCAAGGAUAACUUUGACCUCCUCCAUGAUAUUAAAAUUUUGGUUACACGCAGUACAUUGAAAGAUUGGUUAAGUAAUGGAUAUUGACAAUCUUAGUUCACAUUGA